CCGCUCGGCUCUCUGGUCUUCUGGUUGGUGCCACCGACUGGUGGGCAUUCGCUCUGCAGCUGCGUUCGUGCGCUUUUUGAAAAUAGUUACAAGAUGUUCAUCGAAGUGAGUGGAACGCCGCAGCGGUUAAACGGAAACGGUCGCAUGGACUCUUGAGCAGCCGAAGAAGCUCGCCUCCGAAAUCGCUAACUGAAUCACAAUCGCGUUCGCUGCGUUCUGCGUGCUGCGUUCUUCAAGUGGAGACGCCAGCCAAAAGCCCACAGCAGUCAGAGUCAGAUCAAAGCCCUCUGAUUCCCUGCGAAUGGGACGCACUUCCAAUUUCCAAGCCGAAAACCCAGUGAAACAGAAGUGCAUUCGGUCUUCCGCUCGUGGAGCUAUUGUUAUUUUUAAACUGCUGACCGCAGCAUAUUUUACUGCUUAAAAUAGACGGCAACACACAAAAAGAUAUGCCGCCGAAACAGAAAUAAACCGAAAACCCAAAGGGUAAAACUCGAAAGUGCCAAAACAAAAAGAAUUUCACUAGGAAAGUGCGUGUUCUAAAAAUAUACAAAUACAAACCGCAACCAGGCAGCAAUAGAAUUUCCUGCCGGCCAAACUCAGCCGAAACUGCAUUUUGUUGAAUAUAUUCAGUCUGGAGAAGCCAAGUGUCAAAGUGUAGUGCAAAUAUUUUUAAGUCUCCGCCAAAACAUAAACAAGAGAGAGAAGAGAACUCUACUCACACUUCGUGCAUUUCAAAAAGAUUUUCGUGUUCUGGAAUACGAAGUAAGCAGAAACCCAGGAGGCGGAAUCCAUUAGCUCCGCAUUAAAGUGUUGAAAUAAAUUAAGUCUUGGAUACCCGCGAACUUUGCAUUUUGGAAUACUUCUGCAGCAUUUUGGAUACCCGUGCUAGUGAAUUCUAUAUAUUGUCGUUCGAUCUGGAGGGCUUAAGCAAACAAUUUCACAAAGUUGACAUGUUCAAAGCCAACGAGGAACGCAUCACUUCACAUAUCGUUAACCACUAGCCAGUCUGGAGGGAUUUGCCAGGACAGCAUUUGAGAAGCAGCAUCCUAACAUGGACCUGCCGUCAAUGGUGCAACGUUCGGGUGACACGCUCAUCGUGCGCAGCGUGGUCAGCGGAAAUCAGCUGUACACGGAGCAAGGUGGCCAUAGCCACCAGCCCACCGGCAACGCCGGACUCGUUUCCAGCAGCAACACGGCUGCCUCACAAGUGGGCUCCUCGCUCCUGGAGCGACAUGUAGAGCGCUUCCGCCUGCAGCAGUUGCUGCAGCAGCAGCAACAAGCAGCCGCAGCAGUUGCCGUUGUGAACAGCGUGCAACAGCAGCAACAGCAACAGCAGCAACAGCAGGCCGUCAUCGGCAUGGAUGCCAAGGAGGAGGGCCUGCCGCAGUGCAAGAUCAAGCGGAACUACAGCUGCAACCACUGUGCGUACUUCACGCAGAAUCCCCGCUACCACUUGACCCACCUGCGCGACGUGCACGGCGAGAAGAUAGUGAUCAACAAGUGCAAGCUGUGCCUGUACGCCUCGCGGCACUUCCAGAAGCUGGUGCGGCACAUGAAGAUGGUGCACGGAUGCACGGACGGCAUUCCCAGUGGACACGGUCAGGCCAGGGGCAAGCGGGGCAUGAGCCGGGAGGCGCGAAAGCGGCGACUGGAGGAGAGUGUGGGCGUGAUGGGCGGCCAGAGCCUGACUGUUGCCGUGCCGGAUGUGCCCACCCUGGAACAGGUGAAGCGGGAGCUUCUGCUGCAGGAGGAGAAGUUGCAGCGCGACAUACAGGCCUUCAACCAGCGGCAACGCGAGGAGCAGCAGCGGGAGCAGCGGGAACUGGAGCUGGCGGCCACCAGUGCGUACCAAAUGCAGGUCCUGCGCGACUUCGAGCGCCAGUCGCCCGCCGAACCGCCCACCCCCUCGCCCACCAGUGGCUCGGCCACGCCCCCCUCCAACGGGGAGGAGCCCCAGAACCGCCUCCUCAAGUGCAGCGCCUGCGAGUUUACCACCCUCUACCGAACUCAACUGCGGGCCCACGAGCUGGCCGAGCACGGAAAGACCAAGUUCUUCCGCUGCGACAAGUGCAGCUAUGUGACUCACAUCAAGGCGCGCUUCAGCAAGCACGUCAAGUACCACUCAAUGCCGAUGAUCAAGUGCGUCACCUGCGACUUCCGCACGCCCUACAAGUGGAACCUGGACAGACACAUGAAGAACCACGGCGGAGCGGGCGCAUUCAAGUGUGCCGCCUGCGACUUUACCGCCGACAUCAAGCAAUCUCUGACGGUCCACGAGAUGAACCACCAUGUGCCGCCGGUGGGCAAUGCGGGCUCCAUUUGGCCGAGGCGCCAAAACAAAGUGGGCGCGAGUGAGAUGUGCGAAGACUUCCUCAGCGACUCCGCCGAGUUGGAGGAUCAGUAUAACAACAACAAUGUGGACGACGAGCUGGACGGCGUCGAGGAUCCCGACGAGCCUAUGAGCGGUGGCGAGGAGCAGCAGAUGCAUCACCACCACUACGGCAAACGGAGCAAGUACCACGAGGAGGAGGAGCCCACGGAUCUGUCGCAGAAGGGCGGCUGCUCCUCGGACACUUCCAGCGUGGGAACCCCCACGCCGAGGGCCCAGCGACCUGUGCCAAACCUCAUCCCGAUCAGCAAGGGAGCCAAAGACGUAUUGAACCUGUCGAAGGAGACAAACGCCUCGCGCAGCUCCCUCACGGAAAUCGCAUCCAUGUUUUUCAACGAGAAGCAGAUCUCGGAGAUGCUGGAUAAGUCGGAUGUGCCACAACUAUCGCCGGCAACGACGGUGGCCUCCCAGAACUCUUCGCGCAGCCAGAUGACCAAGAGGUCCAGCUUCCUGGACAAACUGAAGACGGGGGCGCAGCACGAGAAUCUGGUGUGCCAGUGCGGACAUGUGGCCAAGUGUCUCUCGGAGUCGAUCAUCCACGGCAAGAGCUGCCACGCCUCGGCGGUAAUCAUCGACGACGACGAUGCUGGCCUGCACGAGGACGAUGCCGACGACAGGCUGGAAAUCGACGAGGACGACGAGGACCGCCAUUCCCAUUCAGCCCUGAAUCUCAGUGUGACGGGAUCCACGCGAUGCCAGCACUGCCGCCACCGCUGCAAGUCCUCCACGGACCUGCUGCAUCACCUGAAGCAGUGCGUCGAGGCCAUCCGCUGCGCCAACGAGAUGUACGACUCGAACUCCGGGGAGAGCGGCGAUCGGCGGCCGGACUCCCAGAGCCUGCAGCAGCAGGCGGCCGUCCAGCAGCAGAGGGUUUGCAUCUGGAAUAAGGCCACAAAGGAGAUCGUCGCCGCCGCAGCGGCCGCGUCCUUGCAGCAGGAGAACAGCAGCCACAGCAUCGUCAAGUCCCCGGCCGGAAGUCAGGCGGCCAGCAAUGAGGAGAACAGCUACUACGGCGUGGAAACGGCGCCCGGCUACGGCGAGGUAACCAAAAAGAUGACGCCCGAGGAGGAGGCCGCCAACUCAUCGCUGAAGAAGGUUUACAAGUGUCCGCACUGCAGCUUCUGGGCCUCCACGGCCUCCCGCUUCCACGUGCACAUCGUGGGCCACCUGAACAAGAAGCCCUUCGAGUGCUCGCUCUGCUCGUACCGCUCCAACUGGCGCUGGGACAUCACGAAGCACAUCCGCUUGAAGACCAUCCGCGAUCCCUCGCACAAGACGGCCAAGGUCCUGAUGAACGACGAGACGGGCCGCCGGAACUACACCAAGUACAACAAGUACAUCACCCUGAUGAAGGUGACCGAGGAGGACGGCGACCCCAAGCUGAUGAAGUCCGGCGAGAUGACCCCCAACCAGGUGGCCUCGCUGGCCUUUCUCAAGGACUACGCGAAGGUGGGUUCGGUCACCGGGCAGGACAUCACCCUGGAACCGGUGCAGCCGACCAAGCCGAAUGUCCUGGACGACGCCCACCUGGCGGACAACCUCAUCCGGAUUCCCCUGCUGGCCACCAUGAUGAAUGCCGCCAUGGCCCAGCAGCAGCACCAGCAGCAGCAGCAGAAGGAGCACCAGUCCACGAUGAUCACGCCCUCGGUAACCAUUUCGCCGGUGAAGCGAGCAAGUCAGGGAUCGGCGAUGCUCGGCAAGCCCAGCGACGAUCUGAUCACCGAGGUGCACCAGGAGGGCAAUGAGAAGAGGACGGUCUACCGGUGCCGCAAAUGCAACUUCGGACACCAGAACCGCGAUGCUGUGCUGGCGCACGUGAAGAUCCACUACCAGGACGCCAGCAACCCGAAGGCCAGCUCGGCCAACUCCGGCACCUCGCCGCUGCAGGUCUCCGUGGGCGGGAACCAGCAGUUCUACAUGAACAAGGUCUUCGCCGCCAUGUGCCUGUCGCAGACCCAGUCGCAGUCGUCGCCAAACUCCGGGGCCGCCGGUGCGAGUCCGGCCAUCUCGGCCGGACUGCUGCAGCGGGCCAUCCAGGAGGCCCAGCACUCGCCGACGCCCAACGCCAGCGCUCUGAGCGGACUUGCUUUGGCGUUGGCGGGCGGAAAGCCACAAGCCAAUACGACGAAAGCCAGUGCCGCCUCCAUUUUAGAGCACGGUGAGCAGAAAGCGAGUCAAAACGAGGCAAGUGCCGACAGUCUGACGUCGCCGAACACCACCACCAGUAGAACCACCAAAGCCACCACUAGCACCACCAAAGACACCGCCAGAUCGCUGCAGGAUCUGCUCACCUCACCGCGCAGUGCCAGAAAUGGAAAUCAUCCCUCUAACGCUAACAGUAACUCGGUUGUGGGAAAUGGACUCCGGCAGGAUGCCGCCAUCGUCGCCUCAUCUACCAAUACCACACCACCACAACCCACCAACUCAGUCAGCAAGCCCAAUGCAUCGCCUUUGCCAGUAACUACCACUCCUACUCCUUUUUCUACUGCCACCCCAUCACCACCAGCUCUUUCAAAGACCCUGGCUCAUCAACUGGGUGCGGGUAGCAACAGCUCAUCUUCAUCCCACCACAAUCACCAUCCUCCACUCAUGGCCGGUGAAGGUUACCACCUGGCGGCGGGUCUAACCCAUGCCCACGCCAUAAACACUAACACGAAACCCGACUCCAACUCCUUUCCCUCGUCAUCCUCGUCGUCAUCGUCGUCUUCUGUGGCCUCCACUUCAUCGGCCGCCGGCUCUGCGUCCGCCUCCGCGUCCUCCUCCGCCACAUCGUCGCCACCGCCGCCGGCAGCCUCGUCUUCCUACCUGGCUGCGAUGGCGCCGCAGCAGCAGGGGCCACCUGCCGUGCAGAUGCCGCAGCCGCCGACGAGGUUCCAUAGCCAUAGUCCAGGUAGUCCCAGCCUUCUGACCAUGGCCGACGGCGAUCGACGCGACCCGUCGCCGUAUCGCUGUGGCCACUGCCACCAGGUCUCGAAUUGGAAGCAUGUCAUCCAGCGGCAUUGUCGCUUAAAGCAUUCCGGGGAUAUUCGGAUCGAGACCCUUGAGCGAGGAGCCAGUGUCUCAGCGAACGCACCCCCCAUCUACAGACCCCUGGGAGCAGGUGCCACGAACGAAUCGCAGUCCCAUAUCCCGUCGAACCCCACCAGCAACAUCCUAAAGCCCGGCAGCAACCCGAAUGUCAGCAGCAACACCAGUGCCCAGCUGCUGAUGACCACCAAACAGCUGGAGCAGCUCCUCCACUCCCCGCUCUCCGCCAGCGCCGCCGCGGUGGUGAACGCGGCCAACACCCAGCAGGACAUCCAGGCGGCGGCGGCCUACUGGGCCGCAGCCUGCAAGGCAGUGGUGGCCAGCAGCAGUGCCGAGGAACUGCUCCAGUUGCAGCAGAACGAUCAGAUCGAGAUCACCCGUCUACCCUCGACGGCGGAGCAUCCCGGUUCCGGUGGCAGCAAUACCAAGAGCAAGCAGCAGAAGUGCCCGGUGUGUCCCUACAUUUCGGAAAGCAAGUCCCAGAUGAACUACCACGUGUCGCUGCACAAGCCCACGCAGUACGAGUGUCGGCUGUGCACGUUUGUCUGUGCCAAGAAGCAGCACUUGAGCAGCCACAUGAGGAGUGUCCACCAGCAGCAGAUGUCCGCUCCGGGAGCAGUCGGAGGAGGCGCAACCGGUGGCGGCCUGGACUUCAGUGUGGCCCUCCAGUUGGCCGCGGCUGCCAAGCAGGUGCAACAACUGCCCGCCUCCACUCCACUCUCCAUCGAUCUGUCCCAGGUCCAGCUGGACGCCGCCUCGGAUGCAGAGCUCAACCCACAACAACUGCCGCCGGAAUACCAGUACAAGCUGAUUAGCUACUGCCCCAGGUGUCCGGCUCGCUUUGCCCAGAAGCACAAUGACGAGCGCAAUGCCAAGCAGGAGCUGGAGCAGCAUUUGCUGGCCCACAGCGACCAGGAGCCGGAAGACCAGGAACAGGGCUUUGUGUGCACCUACUGUGAGUAUCGUACGGCCGAGGAGACUUUGCUCCAGCUGCACCGCGCUGUGCACAUGUCGCACUACCAGGAGAAGUGCCAACAGUUGUACAAGAACUGCAAGGAGGACGUCGAGUACCCGGCACCCAAGUUGCUACAGCUGACCGGCCCGGAAACCAUCUGGGUGGUGGACAAUGAGCUCAGCUUGCAGCUGCUGCAGCAAAACACCUGCGGGGGAGUAAGCUCCUCCACCGGAAGCUUUGAUAACCAGAACUCCCUGCUGAAGAAGCAGCUGGAGUCAGGUGGUGGCCAGUUGGUGACCAUUCCGCGGGAAACGGCUGUGUCCAAAAACGAGGGCGAAACCCCGGAGGAAGAUGAGGAGCGACGCAGCAACUCCACGCCGUCGACCAGCGCCUCGGUGGCCACCAGUGAUUUGGCGGCGGAUGCCAGCAGUGACGCAGGAUCCGUAGACAUGCCCCAGUCGAUUCCGGCACCGGAGCGCUGUCUCCACUGUCCGUUUGAGACCCAGCAACACGAGGAGCUGCUGCAGCAUCUCCAGAAGCACGCGUGCGUGAACCCUCCACCACCCAACUACCAGCAAUGUGCCCACUGUGAUUACAAUACCAGCGGGGAAUCGGAAAUGGAGGAGCACACCGCUCUGCACUUUAAUGCCAGUGAGAAACUGAAAUCCGUGGAAUUCUACACCUGCUACGAUCAGCUCGAGAUCAGUGUGGAGCGGGAGCCAGAGGAAACCGGUGAGUCCAAGGAGGAGCAAGCCGAGCACAACAACAACCAGGACAACGUGAUGAAUGCCAACGUGCAACAGGAGCAGUGCAGACCAGAUGAAGAGCCAGCAGACGAGGCGACGGAGGAGCCGCUGGCCAAGAAGCCCACCACCAAGUUGAUUCUGUAUAAGAACGAGGGCGGCUUGAGUGUGAAGCCCUCCCAGGAGGAAGCCACCUCGGAGUCGCAGAAGAGCGAGAACAUCAGCGAUCGCCUGCGCCGAAGGAUCCUCCGUGGAAGUGCCAACCAAGCCGAUGACCCUCAGGCGCAGGAGCGACCCACUUCACCGGACAAAAUGAUACUGGUCAAUGCCAAGACGGGCAAAGUCAUUUCCAGAAAGUAGACCCCCCAGGGUCGAACCUUUUAUUAAAUGUAAUCACCCUACACCUAAGUUUAUCAGUUACUUAGCCCUAAGUGAGUUUUGGUUUUGUUAUUACUUUGUUGUUGCUUAUGUUUUCUUUUUUUGGGGAAUGCGUUAGUGGAGUUCGGGAUUUGUUUUAGGCACCUUUUAGGGAUUUCUAUUGUCACUAACACACACCCACAUACACACACCUAAUUGGAACAUGUUCCUGCACUUAAAACUUGUUUAAGCCCUAAGUUAGACUUACGUAACCUUAAUUUAUAAAAAAAUCGAAUAUAUUACAAAUGGGAAAACCCGGAAUUCUUACUCUAAUUACUUGAUAGAGCGGUGCAAAAUGUAGUUUAAAUUAAUUGUAUUGUAAAUUAUCAGAGAGACACUAAAACGUACAUUUAAAAUUAUAACCUAUGUAUAUAUACCAUUGGCUAAAUUUGUAAAAUGUUACUCGAAGACCUAACCAACCAGAGCAAGAUCCAAAAGCGUUUCAAAGAAAUCAACUUUGUGUAGGAGAAAAAAUAAAUUCAAAAUUAGGUCUUGCUUUAAUUAAUUCCUUUAAUUUUUGAAUGGGAACUGUGAUUAUUAAUAAAUGUAGAUGCAUCAAAAAAGUGAACGCGUAUAUCAUGCAAAGAAUAUGGUACUAUAUACAUACUAUAUAAAUCUAUACAUAUAUAUUUACACACAGCUGCUGCGAAAUCAAAAACAUAAUUUAAAUGCAAUUCAAAAAUCCACAAAGAGUAGGGAGAUUUUUGCAAUAUUUGCAAUAUUACUUUGAAAAAUGCAGCACGCUGUUAAGAUUAGGUCUUAGUUUCUACUACGGAAUAAUUAUGUUCUAAUCAGUACUACAAUUGUUUUCAAGCAAACAGCGUCUUUGUAGCACAGUCUAGCCUGUGUAAACACUACAAAAUGUUAUCAUAAACUCUAAGCAAACGAAAAGAACACAUGUGGAAUAGCGGGGCCAUAUUUAAAUAGUUUAAAGCGAAGAAACAUUUAAACAGAGCAAAUCAAAUCCAGAAAACGCUAAGGAGCGAUACUGUAUACAGAAACUUACUUGGAUAUAACUGCAAACGCCUUUGAUAUGCAUAUAUACAUCUUAUAUCGGUACCGAUAUCUAUACACACAAUAUAUAUUAUACAUUAAAUAGUCCUUAACAUUGAACUUAAAGCUAGUGUAAAUAACUUAGUUUUGUUUACUACGCACACAGCCACACAACACACUUACACACACACGAAGAUUUACGGCAUUAAAUUACAACAGAGAAAAUGUACAAAAAACAAAUGUUAAUAAAGAAAUCAAAUAAAAAUA